GUUUCGUCGGUGCUAUCCUGUCGCCAAAAUUAAAAGAGAAAGAAAAGGAACAAAAAAGGAUAAAGAAAAAGAAAACGAAAACAAAGAGUUCACAUCAGUCCCAAUGGAUCGCUUCAUGGAUAUCUUGCGCAAACCAGGCGCCAAGCCUGAGAUCCAGGGCGUCGCCCCGACACAACACGUGGAUGGGGAAGAGCACGCUGAUCACCCAGAUAUCAAGGGCUAUGUACCCAAAAGCAAGCCCAAGAUGCUCGAUCGCUGGCUGGACUUCGUUGUGCGAGUGUCUGGCUCCGAGCCUGUCUUCUUCCUGAUCCUCGCGGGCCUCCUCACCUGGGCUCUCCUCGGGAUCAAGUACGGAUCGACCGAUAGCUGGCAGGUCCUGAUCUCCGACAUCCAGGCCAUCGUCAGCUACAUAUUCGACUCCUUCCUCGUGCGACAGCAACUGAACGCAUACGAAGAGGAGAUGGUCGUAGCCGCCGAGCUGGAGUCCCGGAUCCUCAGCCACAAACGGAUGCUCGCGAAGCUCUGCCAAAAGCUCGAAGCCCAAGACCAGGAGAAAACCACCCCCCUAAUCAACCUCGUCAAGGAGCACCAGAACGAGCUCGAGUUCGGCGCAGAGCUCCCCACCGAAACCCUGUUCGGACGGACCAUCACCUGGGUCUCGCAUGUCAUCGGCCACCUGGGCACCAUCAUCCUCUUCUGGGCGGGCGUCUUCACCUGGAUCGGCCUCGGGCAUCUCUCCAACUACAGCGACAAGUGGCAACUGUACAUGAACUCCGCGUCGUCCGCGCUGAUGGUCUUCGUCUUCGCCUUCCUCGCCAACAUCCGCGAACGCCACGCAGUCUACACCCGCAGCUGCCUCGACGCCAUCUUUCACGUCGACGCGUCCCUCGAAGCCAAGCUCCGCCAGCUAACCCACGACACCCUCCCCAACGACACCGUCAUCAUCCCCGCCCCGCGCGUCAGCCCCAUCCAACGCGCGAUCUUCUACUACGCCGACUUCGUCGGCACCCUCGUCGGCAUCGCCAUCCUGGUCGCCGUCAUCAUCAUCUGGAUCGCCAUCGGGCCCCUGCUGCACUUCGAUUCCAACUGGUGGCUCCUCAUCGGCACCUACGCAGGGCUGGUCGGCAUGAACGACGGCUUCGUGCUGCGCAACAUGCAAGCCCGCCUGCGCUGCUACGUCGACGCCGAAUUCGCCCGCAUCACCGCCCACGACGCGAGCCUCUUCGCUACCGCCGGCAUUCCCGCGCCCAGCGACGAGGUCGUCGCCGACAACUCGCUGACACACCGCGUGUCGGUCACCAUGGGGCGCGUAUGCGCGCACGAAAUCACGGUCGUGUUAGGGGUGGUGACCAUCCUGGGGUUGGUUGCGGGCGCUAGCGCCAUGCGAUGGACGCUGACGGGCCAGUUGCUGUGUAAUGUGCCGCCCAGCUUGAUCGAGUCGUUUUUCAUGAUCGUGUUGGUGACGGGGCACAACUCGGCCGACGAUCGGAAACGGGUGGAUCUGCGAAAUACGUAUACGAGGCGGAUGCAGCUGCUGGGGCUUGUCAAUGCUGUGCAGUCGGUUUGGUGAGUUGGGCUCCGCUGUAGGGGGGGUUCGUUAGGGUUAGGGAGGGAUAGGGGGUUCGGUCGAGUUCGGCAGUGGGAUGUUAACGAAGGGGUAGGGUUGGGUUCAGAAUGAAUUCUUUUCCUUAGUAUUAUUGUUAUUAUUCUCGCUUUUUCCCAAUUUAUUUGAUUUUUUUUUUUUGCUUCACCUCAACUCUUUUUAAUUACUAGUAUUCCUCACCAGAACAGUAACCCACCCGCUGAUCCCUUCGUU